UUUAAUGUAUUUCAUUUCAGUUCCCAACUAUUUCAGAACCCAUUUACUUCGGUGUUGUUUCGAAUUGAUAAAGACUAAAGUUUUACGUUAGACAGCAACUGACAAUAAAUUCGUAUUCAAAACAUAUGUAUAAAUGAUUUAAGCAUUAAGGACACAUUAAAACAUCAAACAAAAAGUGGACCUAUAGAUACUGCAAAACCUAAGAUCUUAAUUUUUUUUGAAACAAAUUAAUCAAAGUACCUUUAAUACCUUAAUUACAAGUCUGGUAUCUAAUAAAAUAAGCAAAAAUGAAUCAAGCUCAAUUAGACUUUGGUCCUCAAUGUGAAUUGGAUCAAUUGGAGAAGCUUAAACGCGUUGCCGAGAUACAUAUCGACUUUGCUGACCUUUAUCGUCCUAUGUUAGGGGCAAAAGCGAACCUAAAUGGAUCAGAAAAAAAUUGGAGUCCUUGGAAAUCUGUAAAGGAAGGUUCUUAUUACAUAGGAAAUGCAUGGGAUUUAGUGAAGCUAUAUAAAGAAUACAUACCUGGUUCGAUAAAAAACAAAAAUAUAAAAUCCGUUAAUGACUGUCUAAUUGAUUUGGAAUUUGAUCGAAAACAUAUGACAUCAGGAUAUACAGAUGAAGCUUACGGUGGACAAACUGAAUGUUUCGUUUCCAAAGGGCAAGGAAAAAAAUAUUAUGAAUUAUUGCACAGUGAUACGAUGAAAAGUGUAGUAUCAUUUUUGAAAAUUGUUGAACUUAAUAUUGACAUUCCUGUAAAAAGAUUUCUAGAAUCAAUUAAUCAUAUAUUACCGUUGGCGUUGGCUCGUUUUGAAAAGUUAAUGAAAGCCAUAGAAAAUGAUAAUCUUAUUGAAGUUGAAAAUUGUUUCAAAAAUGUUAUAGAUGUUAACUUCCAAAAUUCUGAUGGAAUAUCACCAUUACAUCGGGCUGUUUACAAUGGCAAUGAAGAUAUAAUAAAUUUCUUGUUAAAAAAGGAAGCAAAACUUGUUCAAACUACCAACAAAGGUAAUACACCAUUGCAUAUAGCUUCUUUGAAAGGUUUUAAUGAAGUUGUAGAAAUUUUAUUAAAACACAUAAGUCUUAGUGAACUAAAUAACUUUAUUAAUGCUAAAACAACUUCCGGUGGUACUACAUCACUUCAUGUUGCAUCUAAAAAUGGCUUUUUCGAAGUUGUAAAGACCUUAUUAAAGCAUGGUGCAAUUUAUAACAUAAAGAAUAAGGAAGGUAAAACACCGCUUGAUCUUUCUCAAAAUCAACAAGUUACUAAAUUAUUGAAAUCUAUGGAAGAAUUAUUUAAAGAUAUACAAAAUGGUAAUGUUGAAGCUAUCAAUAAGCUUAGCAAAAUAGAACGCGAAGAAUUUCUAGCUAUAACAAAUGCCCGAAAUAAUCAGGAAAAUACAUUACUGCAAGUUGCUGUAACUAAUAAAAAUAAAACUAUUGCAGCUAAAUUGUUAAAAAUGCUUACAGAAUCAUCAGAUCAAGAAGUUCAAUCUAUAAUAAGUCCUGAAUUUAAAUUGGAGCAACUUAAGAAGCUUAAAAGUGCUAUUAAUAUACAUUUCAAAUUUUCUAAAUUGUAUCUGCCAAAGUUAACGAAUAUGUCGCAUCCAAAUGGGGGAGAAAAAAGGAAUAAUGUUUGUCGUUAUUUAAGUCUAAAGGAAGGUUCUUAUUAUCUAGGAAAUGUACAUAAAGUAGUUAAGGUGUACACAGAUUGUCCACCUGGAUUAAUAGAUGAUACAAAUUUAGAUUCCGUAAGCAAUUUUCUACUUAACCUAGAAUUUGAUCCAAAACAUAUAACGAAAGGGUAUUCUGAUUUAUGUGUUGGUGAAUGCUUCGUUUCCAAAGGGCAAGGAACUAAAUAUUAUGAGUUAUUGCACAAUGAGUCAAGGAGCGUUGUAAGAUCGUUUAUAGAAAUGGUUAAACUUCAUAUUGAUAUGCCUUUGAAAAAGUCUUUAGAAACAAUUAAUCAUAGAUUAGAGUCUGGUUUAGAAAUUGACAGUGACAUUGAAAACUUAAAAAAGACUGAUGAAAAUACACCAAUUUACCAGGCUGUUAAAAGUGAAAGCAUUGAAAGUGUCAAGUCUUUACAAAAAAAUGGAUCAAAAGUUAAUCAAAUUACUAAUAAAAAUGAAACAUUACUGCAUAUAGCUGCUUGCAAUGGUGAUAGUAUGUUGGUUGAAUUUUCAUUACAAAGCGUUAAUCAUGAUGAAUUAAAUAAUUUUAUUAAUAAACAAACAACUAGUGAUGGGGCUACACCAUUACAUAUUGCAAGUGAAAAUGGUUUUUUAGAUGUUGUAAAAUCAUUAUUAAAAAAUGGUGCAAUUUAUAAUCUUAAAAAUGCAAAUGGUAAAAUGCCAAUUGAACUUUCGCAAAAUCAAAAUAUUAAUAAAUUGUUUAAAUUAAUUGAAGAUGCAUUUGAAAAUGCAAAAAUUGGUAAUGAAGAAAUUAUUAAGAAAUUAAAGAAACUAAAGCAUGAUGAUUAUUUAGCUGUGACAAAUGCUCGUAAUAAUAAAGGGCAAACAUUAUUGCAAUAUUCUGUAGCUAUAGCAAAUAAGCAUACUUGUUUUAUGAAUAAAUUAUUAGAAUGCUAAAAAGUAUUUAUAAAAAUGAAGUUAAAAUUAAAUUACCUAUAAUUAAUUUAUUUUUAAUAAAAGGGUUGGAGUAAAAAUGUUGAAAAGUAAUUUUGUAUCAUUUUGGAAUAGUAUUUUUGUUUAUUUAUCAAAGUUAGUAAAUUAAUGUCAAAUGGAAAAAUUAAUAAAUG